UUAGCAACCACGAUAACAUCCCAUUCUGGAGGUUACCAUGCUUCAUAGCAACCAUGUUGCGAGAUGUAAACAAAAAUUAUAUUGCAAAUGUUUCUUCAAAAAUACAAUGGAUCAUCUGUAAUUGAAAGGAGCAAUUAAUUGUAAAUAUGUACAAAGUAAAAUUACUAGUCAUUGGUCCAUGUGAGUGUGGGAAAACUGUCAUCUCUAAUUUCUUAGCUGAUGCUACAGAAACUAUUCCUAAUGAAUAUUAUCCUACGCAAGGUGUCAGAAUCUUAGAAUUCGAGAGCGAUAAUUUAAAUAUUGGUGGACGCAUUGCGAAAGCUGAAGUGGAAUUGUGGGAUUGCAGUGGAGAUACGAAAUUCGAAAAUUGUUGGCCAGCCUUGAUGAAGGAAGCAAAUGGGGUCAUCUUUGUCUACAGCAGCGACUAUUCCAAUAUCCGGAAGGAGAUGGACAUGUGGUAUGCCAACUUCGUCCAAACUCAAGGCCUGAAGGAUGCUCAGUGCAUGAUACUUUGUCACAGAAAGCCCAACCAGUCAGAAACACGGUCAUCAGAACUUUCCAGCCUGUUCUCCCGCAUCCCGUGGCUGAACACAAGCGUCGAGGAGAACGGUGGAGCUCUGAGGCGGGAGUUCAACAGUUUUUUGCAGCGGUUGCUUAGCAACAUCAGCGAGCGGAGGGAUCAAGAGGAGCUCUCCAUCCUCAACCAGCACUGACGCACUCUCCAUUUUAGUCAAUAAAAAUAAUAUUCUCUUUUGAA